AUAAAUCUGAAAAUUUAGCUGUUUUAUUGUACAUGUACACACACACUUUAGUGACAGAUGGUUGAUCAAACGAAACAUACGUGUAACAUAUGUGGGUGGGGCGGAAACUGUAAACACCAAGCGUGCUCUUCGGCUUACUUUCUGACUUGAUUUAUGAGCUAGAUAGGUGGUAGUACACCGGGUGGUAGCCAAGAGGAACAAAAAUGAUUCGUUAGCGCAUAAAACUUGAAACGCAAAAUGCGAUGCUAUCUUCACGCAUUUCUCCUGUGCAUGGUCUUUACCUUCUGCUCACUAUUGUAUGUUUUCAGUCAACUCGCCUCCACCUUGGAGGACAGAGACGAGUGGAAUCUGAAAGAACACGGGAUACCCGACAGGAGUAGUCAUGACACCGGGCACCAUCUCAGGAAAAGACCAGGACUGGCAGGCCUCGGAGACCGUGAAGAAGGGCUUGACAGGUGUAAAUCACUGUCAGUUUCUUACUGGAAUCCAUAUUGGAGACUGCCUGCUGAUGUUUGUGGAGUGAACUGCUUUUUGGAAUCUGCUCUUAGAGAGAGGUCAAACUCUAGAGUCAAGGAACAUAGUGAUGAGAGGAGUCACCUGGCUGUGGUGGCCUGUGGCCCCAGGCUGGAGGAGACUCUCACCAUGUUGAAGUCUGCUGUUCUCUUCAGCAAAAAGCCUCUGCAGUUUUACAUCUUUGCUGAGGAUGAUCUACAUGACAGGUUCAGACGUGCUCUUGACUCCUGGCCAAGAACAGUUCAGACCAAGUUUAAGCUCACCAUCUAUCCCAUCACAUUUCCCAAGGAGAAUGCAAAGGAGUGGAAAAAGCUCUUCAAACCUUGUGCUUCUCAGAGGCUCUUCCUACCACUGAUCCUGAAGGAGGUGGAUUCUUUGCUCUAUGUGGACACAGAUAUCCUUUUCCUGCAGCCAGUAGAGGACAUUUGGUCUCUGCUUUCUCAGUUCAGUUCAAGCCACCUAGCUGCCAUGGCUCCAGAGCAUGAGGAGCCACGCAUCGGCUGGUACAACCGUUUCGCCCGUCACCCUUAUUAUGGCAAGACAGGCAUCAACUCAGGUGUCAUGCUCAUGAACAUGACUCGCCUCAGGGAGAAAUUUUUUAAGAAUGACAUGACAGCAGUUGCACUGCGGUGGGAGGAAAUCCUGAUGCCUCUUCUCCAGAAGUAUAAACUCAAUAUCACCUGGGGUGACCAGGACCUUCUUAAUAUCAUAUUUCACCAUAACCCAGAAAGCCUAUAUGUGUUCCCCUGCCAGUGGAACUACCGUCCAGACCACUGCAUCUAUGGCAGCAACUGUCAACAGGCUGAGAGAGAAGGUGUCUUCAUUCUCCAUGGUAACAGGGGAGUUUAUCAUGAUGACAAGCAGCCAGCGUUUCGAGCUGUCUACGAAGCCAUCCAAAAGUACCCGUUUGGGGAGAACAUGGAGGCCUCACUGCUUCAGCCGCUAGAAGCAUCGCUACAGAACACCACACAUACCUACUGUGGAAGAACCAGCCACCUGUUUACCAAGAGGUUAAAACAGAGUAUCAUGUCUGUUCAACAGGACAUCACACAAAAAAGAUAAUCAGAUCAUCACUUUAAUACUACUCCAUGAAUAGCAUCUAGGGUCUCUCUGGAAGAGGGGCUUGUAUUGUAGGCACUCCUGUGGAGCCAGUGAGCUGGACGAUAAACAGACUCGGGUCUGAACUGAACCAUCAUCAGUUCACAACCUACAUAUCAAGACUGGAAGGGUAGUCCGUGGAACAGGUUUUUUAUUUUGAGUGAAGUCAGUGUUGGUACAUAUCUGUCCAGUGAACACACAACCAGGUCACAGAUGCUUUCUCAACAUGGUGGGAAAUGUACUGAAUCCACUUUGCCGUUCAGAGAUUUUGGACUUCAUACCUGAUAAGAAAGACACUUACUGUAUUUCAGACAAUCACAUGGUAUUAUUUUUUUGUUUUGAGAAAGAAUCUACAAUCACUGUACAGUUGUACAAGGUCUUUGUGAAAAACAAAAUGCAGCAGGGUACUUAAAUCUUCAGUUCUUAUUAAGAGUAUUUUAUCAGAGUUUUUUUUAAUAUAAAUUUCCAAACAGGGUUUUUUUUUAGUGUUUUUGUGUAUGCAGUACAUCAUAAAAACGCGGUUGUUGUUAUUUUCAGGUACUUGUUAGCUGCACAGAAAUGUUCUUCAUUUUUAUUGUACAAAAACAAGAGUUCAUUAAGAAUACUUUAAAUUCAUAGGAUCUGAUCAGUAUUUAUUAUUGUUUGACAUCUGUCACGGGAAGCACUUUUGAUGUUUAACAUGAGGCCAUCAUUUCAAAUGGGAGUUUUCAAAGCAUCGUUUACUGUGCAUUGUAGUAGUAUUUAAGUAAUUUCCUUUAAUUUUUACCAAUAUCAGUACAUUUUCCUGUGAUUGAAACAAUGGUAUUGAGAGCAGUUAGUUUCUAAACAAGCUGACCGGCAUAAUGAAAUUUCCUCCAAGACAGGUUUCUCAAACUUUUGCACUAUAGAUGGUAGAUUGUACCAUUGUUAACAACACAGAAUCUGUGGUUUUAAAAUAAAAAACAAAACAAAACAAAACAGUAUAAACAUUCAAAUCUGUGAGGAAUAAA